AUGGCCGCAGAGCUCGAAGCGAAUCUGCUACGAGCGCUUGAGAUGGGUGUGCAGAAGGCCGCAAGCGUUUUCGAAAAGAGCGCAGAUGCCCAAAUCAUUCCAAGGGGCCAGUACGUCAGUGAGGGCGAGGCAGCGAACCUGUCCUCCUUAACCUCUUGGGGAUUGAGUCUUCAUGUUGGUUUCCACAGCCACAUCGAAAUCAUCAGCCACUUGCUCCAUCUCUGUGUGCAAAUGGCGUUGUUUCCUCGUCCUGAGCAGACAGAGACGAGCGUGCAAGCGAACUCAAGAUCGGUCUUUUCCUCCCACCAGGGUGUGCAAGUUGGGUCGAAUGGCAGGCCACGUGACAGGGCAGUGCAACACCCAAGCAGGAACUAUCAGGUGCCAGGUUGGCGCCCGGUGGUCGAUGCUUCAACGGAGACGCGACCCAAGGGGGGCCCUCCAGCCUGGCGGCGCAGCAUCAAAGAUUCUCAGAUCAAGCGCCCACGAAACGCCAUAGUGCGCAUAGGUGGCGGUUGGCACGUGCUGCGCAAUGACCCAGAGCCCUCCGAGAAAACUGAGAGUGCCGCGGGAACAGCCCUGGCGGUGCGCACCUCCAGCCCAGCAAGUUCCCCCAGCAGAAGUCGUAGCCCAGACCCUGAGCGGCAUCCCUUUGCCCAUGGAGCUCCAUCCAGGGACACACCCAUCGAACGCUUUACCUUCGGCGCUUACGCCUCGGGCUCUUCCUUUGGCCACACCUACGCCAGCAAAGAUCCGGAGAAAGUGGCCCGCGAGGUGGACCGCGGCAAGUUAAGACACUACGGUCUCUUCCGCGUCUUGAAGCCCCGGGAGCCCUUGGACAGCCCCACUUUGGCGCUGAGCAACGGCAGCAACGGCGGCGGGACCCCGCGCAGCCUGCGCACACCCAGCCCCAGCCCGCGGCGGAGGGCGGAGUCGUCGGAGCUGGUGGAUGUGGAGGAAGUGGAUGAAGAUGAGGAAGAAAUCCCAGGCAUCACAGUCUUCGCACCCAAUGCCAUGCAAGUGCCCACGUGUGGCGCUCAGAUGAGGUACCAAUGUUUGGCCCCGGUAGCAGCCAUUGUGCUCCACACCAAUGCUGGAUACAACUUCGGGUCCUCCAAGUGCCCUUGCGUGGGUUUCUCCGGCUUGGAGGGCAGCACCACCGUCCAGCUGAAUGCCACGGUCUCCACGGAGUACCCCGCCAACUUCGCCGCAUACUGCGAGGCCUGGGAUAAUGGGCGCAACAACGUGAGCUGCCAGGAGGGGCAGACGCCGGGCAAGGACCAAGGAUGGUGUGCAGAAGCUUGGUGCUACGUGGACCCCUGCAACUGCGAACUGGAUGAGCCCGCCACCAAGGUGCCUGAAGAGGGUGGAUAUAUGCCACAUGCCAGCUAUCAGGGGCGUGGCAUGUGGUACUCCUACAAAACCUGUGGUGGCAAGGACUACUGGAUGACACCGGAGAAGAAGAAGGAACUCCAAGCUGUGCCCAAGAACUGCAGCAAGAAGGUGGACGAGAAGAAGUGGGGCUCCGAGAAGUGUCGCUGCAUCGGCUACAACGGCGCCCCCGGCCAGACCAACGUCAGCAUCAACGGCGCAGAGGUGCCGUACCCGGCAGAGGCCGGCGCCAGCUGCGAGGCUUGGGAUGCCAAGAACCAUCCGGACUGCCUGGGUGACAAACCUGCAGCUUGGUGCAAGAUGUCCUGGUGCUAUGUGGAUCCAUGCGAAUGCCAACUGGAAGUUCCUCCUAAGACUUCCUCCUAUUUGCCCAAGGCUCGCGGCAAUGGAAAACCCAUCUACUUCUCCUAUGCCGCCUGUGGGGCUGAGGAUGAAUAUACCAAGGGCAACGAAGAGGCUUGUGUGAACCAAGAUGUGGAAAGCAACUGCACCAAGUUGGAGAAAUGUGCCUGGACGGGGAAGCAGUGCCUGGGCAAGGAGCUGGUGGAGGUCUGCAGUUCAGCCAGCUCCCUGGGUCUCCUGGGUCUCCUGGGUGCAGUGGCACAGCUGAUGGCCAUGCAUACUCGCCCCGUGCGUCCCAGAGCGAGGCCCAGUUCGGCUCCACGGGAUUUUCAACGUGGAAGUCCCAUGGAGCCAGGACAACUUCCCCAGCGGCCCAGCUCAGCCAGCUCAAUCCAACGAAGAUAUUAG